GAAGUGAAACUUGCACAAGAUAAAAAGUUUUAUUUAGAGCAAGUGCAUACGUAUAUCUCUUCAGAACAGAUACGCCUGUUGAAAGCAGCUUGGACUUAAAGGUCUUCAUAUUGAGACUGCUUUGACCCUUCCUGUGGGAAAAAGGAUGACAUCUUUCCUGCUCUCUCUUGCUCUCCUGCUCUUCAGUACUGGUGUCUGCUGGGGUUAUGGAAUGGAAGGCUGUGCUACCAACUUCAGAAACGUUAAUGAGAUUUGGUGUGCCAAGAAAAACAUACAAAACAUAUCCCGCAUUGUGAAAAUGAUCCCAUGUAAUGCUACCAGAAUCAACCUUUCCCAUAACAUAAUAAGCACUGUUCCCACUAAUAUCUUUCAAAAGUUCUGGAGGCUGCGAGACCUGUCCUUGCAAAGGAACAAUAUCUCUUCCCUGAAAAGGUCCCCAUUUGGAGGCCUUGGAGAACUGAAUCUUCUGAACCUUUCAAGCAAUUAUCUAUCGGCGAUCCAACCGGAUGCAUUCCAAGGGCUGACACAGCUUAGGGAUCUCCGUUUGUACAACAAUCGUCUCACUGAGUUUCCCACUGGAUUUUUUGAGUACCUCCCUCAGCUCGUAAAUCUUGAUCUUUCACUAAAUAUGCUGAAAUAUUUCAAUAGCAGUCAAUACAAGAGCAGCACGCUAAAAAACAUGGACCUUUCAUACAACAAUAUCUCUUGGCUGAUACUUUCAGGAUUCUCUGGGCUCAUUAGUCUCACUCUCUCCUUCAACCCAAUUCUGCAUCCAGUGCCACAUCCUCUUGUUCUGCCCCCUUUGCUUGCACAGCUGAUGCUCCUGGGGAUUGCACCUGAGGUCCUGGCUGGACUGUCGGAGAAAUCCAAGAAUGGUCUCGAGAAAGUGUUUUUUUCCAUCUCUGUCAAGAAACCCGACAUCUCUGUGUGUAGUCUCUUAGAGGGAAUGUAUAAAAUAAAGCAUGUGCGCAUUGACCUGAGCGGUUCUGGAUUUCCAAAAAAUACUUCAGUCCUGAUAGGGUGCAAAACACCUAAAAUAUUACUCCUCAGUAAUGCAUCCCUUGGGAAAAUGGACAAAUACCAAUUAGUGCAGAAUUCAAAAUUCACAUCUCAGCUCUGGUUGCUGCAAUGCAGGCUUCAGAGCAUUUCUGAGAAAACGUUUCACGGCCUUCCACAACUUUCAAGUUUGAAUUUUCAAGACAAUGAUGACCUGGAUAUUCAACCAAAUACAUUUUCUCUCCUGAAGAAUCUGAGGAAACUGACCCUCAACAAUGUUGGAAUCCGAGAACCGAACCCCGACUGGUUCAAAAAUGCCCAGAAUCUGAUGUCGCUGUCAAUGAUGAAUAAUGAUAUGACCAAGCUUGCCGUUAAUGCUUUCAGUGCACUACGCAGACUGAAGAGCCUUAACUUGCGCAACAACUUGCUCCAUGCCAUUAAGGAUCAGCCUUUCUGCAACCUCAGCUUGCUUUGGUCAUUGGAUCUCAGCGUUAACAUAAUCUCCCACAUUGAACAUGGGUCUUUUACAGACCUAGUAAACCUUAAAAAUCUGAGUCUGAGUUCAAAUCGUAUCACAACCUUGAACCCGGACAUCCUAUAUAGUUUGGUGAAGCUGAAUAGCCUGAAUUUGUAUGAUAAUCGCCUCCACUUCCGUGAGGGUGAUUCUCCCUUUAUUAAACUAAAAUCCCUGACUGAUUUAAAUUUGGGUUACCAGGGUCCUAUUACAGUAGGAAUGGGGUAUUUAGGAUCAACUUUGUUCAAAGGAUUAGAAAAUCUAGAAACUCUAAUCCUUUCAUCUGCGACCUUAAUUACCUUUCAUCUAAACACAUUUGCCCCUCUUAGGAAUCUAUAUAGCUUAUAUAUUAGUGAUAUUACAAUGACAAAUACUAACUUGACUGCUCUCUUUCAUCCUCUUGUGUCACUUACGGAAUUGGUUUUGGUAAAGACUGAUCUUGAUGUUCUUCCUGACAGACUGCUUCCACAAAACAAUACUUUGAAAUAUUUGAAACUUCAGGGAAACCAUUUGCAUGUAAUGGAAAAGUCCUUGAUUAACAACCUACCUUUGCUCAAGGAUUUUGAUGUCGGAGAUAACCCUCUGUCCUGUAGCUGCAAGAAUGCCUGGUUCAAAAACUGGUCAUUCAACAAUUUGGAAGUCCAGGUGCCAUACCUCUAUGACCUCCACUGUGAGAAUGCUCCCACCCUGCAAUACCUUUGGGAGUUUGAUGACAAAGAAUGCAGCUAUGACUAUAUCAAUUUCAGCUGCUUCCUGUCUACUGCCCUGCUGAACAUAUUCAUCCUUUUUUCAGGCCUCAUCUGGCACAAACAAAGGUCAUCGCUCCGCUAUCUAAUCCUCCUUCUUCAGUCACGUAUCAGGGGUAGGAAGAAGGGCAAGAGGAAUUUCACUUAUGAUGCUUUCAUCUCCUAUAGUUCUGUGGAUGAACCCUGGGUAAUGGAGGAGCUGAUGCCCCACAUGGAGGGACCAAAGGGGAAAGGAUUCCGACUGUGCCUUCACCACCGUGACUUCCGCGUGGGGGCGGCCAUCUUGGACAACAUUGAGACAGCCAUCUACAGUUCACGCCGCACUCUGUGCGUGGUGAGCAGGGACUUCCUGCGCAGCGAAUGGUGUUCCAUGGAGUUCCAGCUGGCCAGCCUGCGGCUCUUGUGUGAUCGGAACGACGUGCUGCUGCUGGUCUUUCUGGAGCACAUCCCCGACCACUGCCUGUCCUCAUACACCCGGCUGCGCAAGAUGGUGCGCAAAAACACCUAUCUGCUGUGGCCUGAGGAUCCUGCAGAACAGGAGCCAUUUUGGAUCCGACUCCAGGACGCUCUAAGAGAAGAUGUAGAAGAGGAGGGAGAAACAUUUGGAGGCCUCCUUGUUGAGGGCAAUUAAAAUGAAAUUUUCUUUACAGUCCUAUUUUUUCAAGUAUGGACUUUUGUAAAUUUAUAAACCCAACCCUGUGUAACCUUUUUUCACUAUCCAGUAAGAUGUAUUACAUUUCCGAAAAUUUAUAAACAGAGUUUACAUAUAAAA